AUGGCCAUUGCCGAUAGCGGGAGGGGCAAGUCGAAGCCCGCCGCCAGCACGAAGUCCGUGUCUCGGUCAUCCAUGGCCGGCCUCCAAAUUCCCGUCAGCCGCAUCACCAGGUACCUUAGGGGCGGCAAUUACGCACAAUACAUCAGUACCGGCGCCCUCGUCUACCUCGUCACCGAGACCCUGGAGCCUGCUGGCAACACGACGCGGGACAACAAGAAGAACCGGAUCAUGCCGCGGCACAUCCAGCCAGCGAUGUGCAACGAUGAGGAGUUGAGUCAGUUGUUGUGCGCGUUCACCAUCGCCGACGACGGGCUGAUGCCCGACAUCCACACCGUGCUCCUCCCCAAGAAGGCCGACAAGGCUAAGGACGACAUCCACCGGCAAGCAUCCUAG